GAAGAAUAGUAAUAUUUAUCACCCUCCUCCUCCUCAUCCUCCUCCUCCUCCUCCUACCCUUUCGGAUAAUAAAAAAAGACAGUAUGAGACUUAAUACAUAUAUAUACGUAUAUACCAUUCAAAAGAAGAACACACUCAGAGAUGAAUUGUCUGGAUUUAGUUGAAAUUGCUGCUGCUGUUUUAGCCAUUCAGUUUUUUACCCUAACAACGUGUUACCAGAAUGAACCAGUUGUAGUUGCUGAUCAGAUCUUCAACCUGUAUGAGUUACAUAAUUAUGGAAGAACAGAAUUAAAGUCGUAUCCAGCAUUCUAUUACUCAGGGAAAAAAAUUCCCAUCGACACAGAAAUUAAAAGUCAAUACAAUCGAAAAAUUGGAUAUGUAAUUGGACAAGAUCUGAAUUAUUAUCCAGUCACAAUGAAACGAAAAGGUACAAUUAUGUACUGUGGAAAAUACAAUAUAAGGCAGUUACUUCGACAGGGAUACAUUAUUUUCAAUAGAAAAACAUAUUCUACCAACAGUCCCUAAAACACAUUCCAUCAUUUCGCAG